AUGUGUGAAGUUAGCGUCGUUGAGGCCCGCAAGCACUGUAAGCUCAUUGAGAAGAACCUACAAAAACGCCCCAUUUGUUUUUGUGUUCGCUUUGACGCCGCUCCUUCCGACGGCAGCAGAAGUAACAACAUCAGCAACAGAAAGGGAUUUCGUGGUGCGCAGGCGUUUCGGACCCCCGCGGAUGUCGUUGUGCCGCUGGGGUCGUCACUCGAGAGCUCCACGUUGAGAGAUUUGGUGGCCGACUUCAUGCUUCGUGUGCUGCGGCGGUACCCAAGCCUCUCAAAGCGCACACUGGAUGCAUUUUUCAUCAACGCUGAGGGAACAUCUGUGCCGGCCGUACGGAACACACAACAAGUGAGGUUGCUGCGGCUCGACGUGCAUGUGAACGCGGAGGACACGCUGGACAACUUCUUCGCACCCGCCUCCACGAGCGGUCCUACAGUGUACGAUGUCAUUGCCCACUGGUCCCCCAAUGCACAGCCUGGCGCGGCUCUCGAAGACGGUGAAGGUGAAAACGAACCCGGAAACAACAACAACAAGGAGGAAGAAGAAGACGACGACAAUGCAUGCGUUGACAGACUGUCGGAAGAGGUGUUCCCGGCUCCUGUCAUUUAUCCCUUUACGCAGCGCUGCCCCUACACAAAGCUGAUGCCGCGUGACUCCCGGUCUGGCAGCACCAGCAGCAGUGUGCCAACAAGCAAGGAUGCCGCUGGGCGUGCUGCCGCUAUCGCGUCGUCAAUGGCGGAAAAAGAGGCCGCGCGGAAGGUGCGCCGCGUACUGGAAGUUGAGGAGCGCACAUCACGGAAGGUAAUCACGCGCGAUGAGCGCUCCGCUCGCAAUAUGAUUGCCGAAGGAGAGGAAGAAGGGCGAAAGCAGACACUAACGGUUGUCCGCCUGAUGAAUGCUGAUUAUGUAGCGUCAUGCGGCGUCGCGCCAACCGCCGCAUACGCGGUCUGCAGGCACUACCCGGUGGACACGGAGCCACUUGUCACAUAUCCCUCGUCCGCGUACAAGACAGAGCUGGCGGAACGCGUGGAGGAAACAGCUUGGCUUUCUCAUGUCUUCGCCAACACGCCUACGGCAGGCUCGGCUUUGUCUGCUGUCAAGCAACAACAGCAACAACGUAAAAAAAUAAGUAAGAGUGCUGCAUUAUCAAUCCAGGGAAAUUGUACUGACCUUGCUGAGACUGAUGGGCAGCGCAAUGGGGCGUUGGAUGGGGAAUGUACACCGUAUGAAGAGCUUAUCCGGCAUUAUGUAGAUGUGCGUCGCGAUUUGCUGUUAUGGGAGCGCAAGACGUUCCGCGCUCUCACGACGGAGAUGCGUCUUAUUCUGGAGAAGCAGAAGCGGCUUGAUGGGGAGAUUGUGCGAACGGCCUUUCUUGAGGAGCUGGAAAAGGCGGGUGUGCUCGAUUUUGACAGCUAUGUGCAGCACUAUGAUCAGCACGCCCUCAUCGGGGAGAGAGCUGAGACACCAGACACGGAGCCAUCGCACAUCCCCGACGAGUGCGAAAAGCGAGGUGGAUCGGACGAGGGGGCAGAUGGUGUGACAUCGCUCGUUUUUGCGCGACCUACCAAGUUGCCUCAUGACCAGCGCACGCUGGUAGAUGGCGACCCAGCGGCAACAGGAAUAGCACCAACGAGGGCCGCCACGCCCUUAACGCCGAAGAUGCCGCGAGAAAGGUCCCCCCGUUCUCGUCUUGCUGACGACGAGCAUUUCCGUCGUGCUCUUGAAGAGAGUAAGGCCCGUGCUAAGGCGGCCCUGGAGACAAUCUCUCUUAUUGACAUGCGGUGGUAUGAACCUAUCUCGUUUAAACUUGCGAAGCAUCGUGUUUCAUUGGCUGAGAGUGAGGAACGAGGUGCCAUCCUAGAGGAGGAAAAGAAGCAGUGGAAGAAGGCUGUAGUCCACGCAAGGGAAGAGGGUGUCGAACUUGAAAACAAUUUACUCCUUGCUUACUCCCGCCUGAUUGAGCCGGUCAUACAGGCGGAGGAGCGGGAUAGAGCUGCCCUAGAUGAGCAGCAAGAGCGGCGUAUGGCGCUGCUUCUUUCCUUGUUCAAACACGGCAGAGAAAGACUAGAAAUGAUCUUACCUCGCCUUGUGUAA